AUGGACGGAAAAGGAUGGAGAUUUCCUACUGCUGAUGAGCUUGCCCAGCACUCUAUUUCCGUUGGUACAGAAGACCAUUUGUACGGAUUCCUGCGCAUCAGAGAACUUUACUUCAAGGCAGACCCAAACUACGAAGGAAGAUUCACAGUGCCUGUGCUUUGGGAUAAAAAGUUGGAGACCAUCGUCAGCAAUGAGAGUAGUGAAAUUAUCCGUAUGUUGAAUACCGAGUUCAACUCUAUUCUUGAAGGAAGCUAUGCUGAGGUUGACAUCUAUCCAAAAGAGUUACAGGCCGACAUUGACGCUCUCAAUAGUUGGAUCUAUGACAACAUCAACAAUGGUGUCUACAAGAGUGGAUUCGCAACUUCGCAGGAAGUUUACGACAAGGAGGUCCAGAACGUGUUUGAGCAUUUGGACAAGGUGGAGGCCAUUUUGAAGGCCAACGUGGAAAAGGACCCCAAAAACAAGUUUUUGCUUGGAGCCACGCUUACUGAGGCUGAUUUGCGUUUGUAUCCCACCCUCAUCAGAUUUGACCCUGUCUACCACCAGCACUUCAAGUGCAACAUCAAGAUGUUGAGACAUGACUAUCCUUACAUCCAUGACUGGUUGCGGUUGUUGUACUGGAAGAUUCCUGGCUUCAAGGAGACCACCAACUUCGAGCACAUCAAGAACCAUUACACCAAAUCACACAUCGAGAUCAACCCUCAUAGUAUCACGCCUUUUGGACCUGUACCAAACAUCAUGCCUUUGUAA